UUAUAAUACAAAAAUGUUGACAGGCUCUAAAACCACGUUCAAAGUGAGACAAAUGCUCCCAGACAUCAAGGAGAGGAUGCUGAGUCAGAGUGGCGGGAACGCAAGGAGUCGAGAUGUGUUGGGCUUACGCUGCCUACCAGGCGAGUGUGUGCUUCAGCGGGCUGUUAUGGUGAGGAAGAAGUUGACUGCCAGGGAAGGAAGGGGUUGGGUGUCUGGGACCCUCUUCUGUACCCACUUCAGGGUGGCCUUCGUGCCCCAGGACAGUCCCAAACCUGACGACAAUGCAGAUCCAGUGCUUUUAGGAGAUCAUGAUGUGGCUUUGGCGUCCAUAGAGAAGGUUGUGGUUGUGGGCCCAAACAGGACCAAGCUGGUGACUCCAAACUCCUCGCUGAAGUUCACUCCAGAGGAGCUGGUGCUUUACUGCAGGGACCUGCGAGUCAUCUGCUUCCUGUUUGACCGCCUCACUCCUGACGCACAAGUCAUAGAGAUAACCUACACCAUCGCCAAGACCUACCAGCCUCCUAAACCAGGGUCAGUUUUAUCUUUCCAGAACGCUGCCCUGGGGAGUGUAGAAAUGAAACAGUUUCUAAGCAACCGUCGACGAAACACCCACAUGAACUGGUACGAGUCCAAUUCAGACUGGGAGCAAGAGCUGGAGAGAUGCGGGGCAAUUGGCUGGAGAGUCAGCUCAGUCAACGACCGCUUCGAGAUGUCCACCAGCCUGCCGAGAUCCAUCGUGGUUCCACAGAAGGUUUUGGACACUGAGCUGAAGAAAAGCUUCGCCCACUUCAAUGAAGGACGCAUCCCUCGCUGGUGUUGGCGACACCCUCGAGGCAGCGAUCUACUGCGAAUGGCCAGUUUCCAGAACAACAUCUACCAUGAGAAAGACGACAUCAGAAACCUGGAGAUGAUCCUGUUUGGGUGCCAGUCGUCUCUGUGUGUGGUGGUGGAGCUGGGCGAGGAGCUGCCCUCGCCCGCAGAUAUCCAGCUGGCACACAGCCGCCUGCGCGCCCUCUGUCUGGGAGAUAUCUCCACAUCUGUGUCAGUGCCUGACGACAAAUGGCUCUCUACCCUGGAAAGCACCCACUGGCUGGACUACAUCAGGGCCUGUCUGAGGAAAGCUUCGGAGGUUGCCUGCCUGCUCCGUGGCGGUCACCUGACUGUGGCACUGCAAGAGGCGGACGACCGGGACAUGGGCUGUGUGGUGUCCAGCCUGGUGCAGGUGAUGUGCGACCCCCACUGUCGGACCCAGCACGGUUUCCAGAGCCUGGUGCAGAAGGAGUGGGUGAUGGCCGGCCACCGCUUCUACAGCCGCAUCAACUACCACCGCGACAACGACAAGGAGGAGGCUCCCGUCUUCCUGCUCUUCCUGGACUGUGUUUGGCAGCUCCUGUCCCAGUUUCCCUCUCGCUUCCAGCUGACAGAUGACUUCCUGUUGGCCCUGCACGACAGCAUCCACCUGCCACUCUUCUCCAGCUUCUUGGCCAACAGCCAGCGAGAGAGAUGCAAGCGCUCCCAGAACCUCGGGCAGUCCUACACACCAGUCAAUGGUUGGAGAGACGUGGAUUCUUCCUCGGACCCCUCUGACCCCCCUCUGCCCUCGGUGUGGGACUGGUCUCUGCAGUACAGCAAGCACAGACGAGACCGCUUCACCCAACCCGUCCCCCCGAUCCCUCCUCUCCAGCCGCUGCUCAACGGCAACCUCAACACCAACCCAGACACACACAGGCUGACUGACACCAUCCCCGGCUCAGUCUUCCUCCUCUCUCGUGGAAUCUUCUCCUGUCCGGCCAACCUGCUUCCCUGGCGCGGCGGCAGUUCGGGCGUUUACAAGAAGAGCCACCGGAGGGCGGCGUCCUCCGAGAACGUGCCGGGCCUUGAGAGGCUGCUGAAAGCCUGGGCCUUGACUGAGUUUCCCCAGGGCCUCACUUCCACCUCUGGACCUCAAGGACCACUUGACCCCUACGAGCCCUUACUGCCUCUCCUCGUGGGGCCCUGCAUGGGCCUGUGGAAGGAGUGCUACCUCCGGGGGGCGCUCCAUGCACAGGCGUUCUCCCACCCCGUCUCAGCAAACCACCCCCACCCUGUGGAGCGGCUGGCCCGGGAGGUGCAGCAGCUCAAAGACAAGCUCGCACAAGCGUCCACCAGCACGGAUCCGAACCCGCCCACCAAGACGGCCGAGCCCCGGCGGACCGACACCAACCUGAACCAAAACACCAACAACGGCACCUUCCUCUUCCCAUCAUCGCGGCCUCAGAGCACGGCGGCGCCCAGAGCGGCUCCCAGAGCGGCGCCCCCUCCUACCUCCACCAACCACCAGACCUCCAGGGCUCCUCCGCCCGCCUCGGCUCCACCAUCCAGGCACGGCCACAAAGACAAUGGCGGCGGCAACAAGCACACGUUCCUGUUUGGGCACUCUUCCGUAGCAGAGGCCCGUCCUGACCAGCGCUACUACCCAGCACCCAAUAAUGCCAAGCUGCCUAAGAGCAACGGGUCCUCCAUAGCGUCCUGAGAUCUGGUCCUCGUCUUAACUCUCCUCAGAUACGACACAGACCGUUUCACCCUUAGACCCGGUGCUAUCAGCAAAUCACCUGCCUGCACAAUAUGAAACUGACCUCUCUGAUCUCUCACUGGUAACAUGUACAGAGGAAACCCAGGCGUGUGUUUCCUAUCAAACCAUAUUUGAUUAACUAUAAGGUGAUUUAAAAAACCAUUUAGGUGGCCCCCGCAGUGAACAGCAACAGUAUGAAAUAAUCAGUGCAUGCGCUCCCAACUCUGCUACGCCUCGUCUGUACUGUAUUACAAAAAUGUGACAAGUGUUUUGUAUAAAUGUAAAGAAUAUCUUCAAUAUUCCAUUUGAUGAAAUAUAUCCAAGACAAAAAGAGAAAUUGCUGUAGAUGCUUAAACAAUGUAUAACAACAGAACUUUAGAAGCACAGUAUCUUGAAACGCAGCAGAAACUGUCAUGACACAUUUUUGUAAAACGCCAUGACACCCUUAAAGAAAGACAGAGAGCUUGUAGUUUCCAUUUUUAGCUUCUUAUCCAAAAUGGGACUCAGAUAGUGGUGUGAUAAGGCGGUUUCUUAAGGGCACUUUGAGAGGACACAUGCCAGUGAAUAGACACAUCUGUCUCACUGGAUCUGAUCUGUGUGACUACAUGUCUCGUUUGUUGUUUUUUUUUUUUUUUUUACAACUAGCUCUUUAGAUCUUUAUUAUGUCACGCUAAUGUGCAAAGUUCAGAAUUUGUAUCUCGGCUUCAAAUAUAAAAGUACAACAUCGUUUGAAACAACAAUCAUUUUUGAAAACUGUCAUUUUUGGACUGCAGGCGCUGCGGCCGGUGACUUUAAAGUGGGAUUUAGGGCAUGAGAGCUAUUUUGGUACCGCUCUCAUAUCUCUCCACUUGCAUUCACGCUUGUGAGCAGCAAGAGGCCUAAUUUUUCAGAGUGUUAGUCUGGAUGUGGCUACAGGAGCUGCGUAUUACUGCAGUCUAACUCAGUUCCUGCAUGACCGACAUGAUUUCAGGGCUUUAGUUAUAUAAUCCUUUCUAAACUUUCAUUUUUAUUAUAGUAUUAAGUAUUUUUGACAAUUAUUGGUCAAUUUGUUGAUGUCAUACAUGAAGAGAAGUGUGAUUUCUGAAUUAUUUCUUACCAAAUUUAGUAUUGUUUUGGGAAUUUCUCCAUCAUUUUGUGGUGGAAUUGAAUAACACAAACAUUAUUCUGUCUUUUCAUUGCCGUACCUUGAGAAGGUACCAGUGUUGGAAGCAAAGGGAAGCUUAUUUCUUCCUGUGUUUACUUCUCCUGUUUUUCUCUUUUUGUCCGGAGGUGUAUUAGUAUGCAGCCAGCAUUUAGGUCAAGGACUAGGAAGUGUCUGACUGUAUUUAAAAGCACAGAGGGAGCUAUCUGGUCCUGCGCCUUUAAAGAAUAACAGGUUGUCGUUCGCAUGAUGUGGGUGUCGAGUAGAUGCAGUGGCGUCAUUCCCCCUCGGACGAAUGAAAUUAUGAAUCUGAAGACGAGUGUUUUUUCUAAAUUUUGUUUUUUGGCUGGAUAACAAUUGUCAGAUGUUUGUCUGAUGCCGAGCUUCUCUCAUGUCAAAACGGUACCUCACUUGAUAGCACUAUGAAUUAUUAAAUUGUUGUAAAUAUUCAUCACAUCAAUAUCAAGGCACAUUGAUAUCGGCUUUUCCAGGUGUGAUGCCAAUGCAUUGGCUCAUCUUCCGUGUAGAAAAAACUAAAACAAAACACAUGGUAAUCUUUAUCCUGUCACAUAGAAUAUCGUAUCUGAUCUUCUGCUACGCCUGUCGGUCUGUAUCGUUGUAUAAUUUAAUGUUUUUGGUACGAGCACCACUUCAUUUUUGCCAGAUGUACAUAUUUUUUGUAUCAGCAUGUUUUGAGCCUGAUAAAUAAAAAAAAGUGUUAUCAGUUGAUAAA